AUUGGUGACGCACCGCCUUGACAUUUCUGCAGCCGCACAGCGUUCGUUUCUUGGCAGCUGACUCGCCGGUUAGGAACGUCUGGGCUGUGGUGCUUUUGUCCGAGCAGCACCACAGCCCCUCGAAAAUGCGCCAGCUACGGUUUGCUAUGGUCUGCGCGUCAAACCAAAACAGGUCCAUGGAGGCUCAUGCGAUGUUGAAGAAGAAUGGCAUGAACGUCAGUUCGUUCGGCGUCGGUGCGCAUGUGAAGCUUCCCGGGCCCAGUCAGAAGGAGCCUAACGUAUAUAAGUUCGGCACGCCGUACAAGACAAUCUACGAUGACCUUUCCUCCAAGGACCCGGAGCUCUACACGCGCAAUGGCCUGCUGCAGAUGCUGCGCAGGAACAUGGGCGUCAAACUGGCGCCAGAGCGGUAUCAGGAGAACAGGGACCAUUUUGAUGUGGUCGUCACGUUUGAGGAGCGCGUGAUGGAGCAGGUGCUGGAAGACAUGAACCAGCGGGCCCAAGUGACCCUCCAACCCGUGCUGGUAUGCAACAUGGACGUGAAGGACAACCCCGAGGAGGCCGCACGCGCGGCGGCCGCCACCCUCAAGCUCUGCCAGAUGCUGGAGCUAGGAGGCGAGUGGGAGGACUCGGUGGACGGUGUGGUGGCGCAGUUUCAGCAGGAGACGGGUCGCCGCCUUACCUACACCAUCUGCUACUACUAGCAGCAGCUGCAUGAGUGGGGGUAGGGGGGGUAGCCGCAGCUGCAUGAGUGGAGUCUGUGCCAUGCCGCGCUUAAGUGUCCCUCUGCAACUUCAUAGUGGGUUAACAGGAAGGACGGCGUGGGAACGUCCAAACGUUGGGAGCUUGUGGCAGCGUGGCGUAAUGCAGGAAUACUUCCAGGUCAAUAACUUGGUGUCAAGGGCCGUGGUGGCGCAUGUGCGAGCGGCCGCACGGGGCCGGGUUGUGCGAUUGCGUGGAAAGGUGUGGAGAGGUGUCAAGACUGGGAAGCGAUUUGUUCCGCAGUACGGCAUGUAGCAGACAGUUGAGGUGCAGGCAAACGCAGAGGUCCGAGUGAGGGCAUAGAUCCCGUAAGACAGCGCUGGUGCGCAAUCGGCAUCGCAGGUCCUUUACAACGUCAGUGUCCUCUAUACCUAUCAAGAUUGUCCUCCAC